AUGUUGAUGAAAAAAAACAAGCAGAAGGUGGAUGUGAUGGUGUAUGAGCAAAAGGAAUGGCAAGUAAUGUCCGAGAUGAUGGCAAUCACGAGCGUACGCUGGUCCACCGUUACCGUUACGUUGAGUAUCAUGGCGCUGUGUGGGUGGGAGCCUGUGAGGAGUCACAGCAACGGAAUGCAAGAUGGCGCACAUGUCGCUGCUGUUUGUCAACAUCAUGAAGAUGUGUUUGCUGGCUUACGCUACUGGGACGUGGGGACGGAGUACAGUGAGGAUUGUAUUUACCGUAUGCCCAUGGAGUUGUCCAGCAUCGUUCAGUUGUAA